AUGUCUGCAACAUCUGCUGCAGCAGCGCCCGCUGCUGCAGCAGCGCCUGCAGCAGCAGCGCCUGCUGCAGCAGCAGCGCCCGCUGCAGCAGCAGACUGGCUUGCUGCUGACGCAGCAGCAGAGCAGCAGCGGGAGCAGCAGCAGCAAAAGAAAAAGCGAAAGGAGCUGCAGCAGCUCAGAGACAAGGAGGAGCAGCUGCAGCUGUGCGUUGUGCUGCAGCUGCAGCGGCUGCCUCACCCCCGCAUGAUGUCUCUUGCUGCAGCUUCUCUGCUGCUGCUGCAGCAGCAGCAGCAACUUGUUGCAGACACUCUUUUGCUGCUGCGCAGGAGUCUCCAGGAGAUCCUCAGCAGCAGCAGCAGACUUUUUGUGGGCACUAAGAGCGCCUGCGAAGAGCGCAUGAAUUACCUGCAGCAGCAGCAGCAGCAGCAGCAGCAGCAGCAGCAGCGGCGGCAGCAGCAGCAGCAACAGCAGCAGCAGGAAGACGAGGAGAUCGACUGGGAUACAGUCGAAAUUAGAAACGAAGACACCUUGUGCUGGCCGAAGAAAAUACAGCAGCAGCAGCAGCAGCAGCAGCAGCAGGAAGAAGACGAAGAGCUGUUUGUUAUGCUUCAGUCACCCCCUUCCCACGAGCUAGCAUUAGGAAGCAAAGGCUUACAGCGCCUAAUUUGCAGCUUCCUGGAGCCUCCGGACAUUUUGAGGUUCUCUCGUGUCUGCCGGGCUACUCUAGAGGCGGCGACAGAUGAAGAGAUUUGGAGCGUUUUGCUGCGCCGGCAUUUUCCAAAGGCAACUCUUGUAAACCCCGACGAGCAGCUGCAGCAGCAGCAGCAGCAGCAGCAAAGAGCAGCAGUCAGAGAUAAGCAGCAGCAGCAGCUAAUUUCCGUAUCUGAGCUCUCUGACUUCUUGUCUUUCUUGCCGGACUUGAAGCAAAACCCUAAAAGGUGGGAUCUGCUCGUUAUAUGCAACGACAGUGCAGCAGCAGCAGCAGCAGAUGCUGCUGCUGCUGCUGCUGCUAGGCCCCCUGAGUUUGCGGGCUGGGGUGCCUUCAACCCUUACCAAACGCCGAAGCGGGGCACAGCAGAAUGGCAGCAGCUGCUGCAGCAAAUUGAAGAGCAGCAGCAGCAGCAGCAGCAAGAGCAGCAGCUGGACAGCUGCAAGCGGCUGGACGCGGAAACUUGCUGCAGCGCCCCCAGCAGCAGCAGCAGCAGCAGCAGCAGCAGCAAAGCGGGCCGUUUGAGCUCGAGCCAGGCGUUCCGGCUGUGGCAAACGGGGCUGCUGCAGCCGGAGCAGCAGCAAGAAGCGCCGUGGCUGUACAGCAGCAGCAGCAGCAGCAGCUUCUACAGCAGCAGCACGUUGCCCGUGGGGGACUUGCUGCAGCUGGCAGCAAAAAGGGUUUCGGGUGUACGUACAGCUGACCCCCUAGCAGCACAUCAAGCAGCACUUAGGGCCCUUUUUGCUGCUGCUUUUAAAAUCAAAGGAGACAUUUGCUGCAGCAAAAGAGUCUCCAUCAUUCUCCAGGCGCUGCAGCAGCAGCAGCUCCUCAUCGACAGGGAAGUUCGCAAACAGCUGGAGCGGCGGCUGAACGUGCUGAUGCAGGGGGUGUGCAGCGAGAGGUCUUUUGGCUGCUUCUGCUGCAGCAGCUGCAGCAGCAAAUGGCGCAGCGGCUUCUCUUACCCCGAAGUGCAGCAGGAGUGUCUUAGCUGCGGCAAAAUGGUGAAGCCUUUUUCCCUCAGGCCCCUCCUCAAGGUCCCGCCAAACCAGCAGCAGCAGCAGCAGCAGCAGCAGCGGGCGCCGCUGCAGCAGCAGCAGGGAGGCGCUCCGGCGGCGAGAGAGAAGGCUGAAACCCAGCUGCAGCAGCAGCAGCAGCAGAGAUUUGUCAGAGAUAGCACGCGCCUACAACAGCGCCAGCAGCAGCGGCAGCUGCAGCAGCAGCAGCAGCAGCAGCUGCUGCUGCUGCAGCAGGAGCAGCUGCAGCAGCAGCAGGAGCAGCUGCAGCAGCAGCAGCAGCUGCUGCAGCAGCAGCAGCAGCAGCUGCAGCAGCAGCAGCACAAGCGUCGUGAGGGAACUCAGGGGCGCUUGCCGGUAGGCUCGAGAGGCGAAAGAAUCCCAUACCGCCGCAGCUACGAACAAACCCAGCAGCAGCAGCAGCAGCAGCAGCGGCAGCAGCGACAGCAGCAGCAGCAGCAGCAGCAGCAGCAGCAGCAGCAAGACUGGCCUCCAGUUUCCUUGGGCCUCUCUGUGGGCCCUCCCCCCGGCUUCGAAGAUGUUAACCCCACAGACAAACAGACGAGCAGCAGCAGCAGCAACAGCAGCAGCAGCAGCAGCAGCAGCAGUAGCAACAGCAGCAACAGCAGCAGCAGAGGCGACUCGGGGCGCCCACGGCGCCAGCAGCAACCGCAGACGCUGCAGCAACCGCGCCCAGCCGAGCCGCAGCAGCAAGAGCAGCAGCAGCAGCAGCACCAGCAAGAGCAGCAGCAGCAGCAGCAGCAGCAGCGGAAGGACUUGCGGGGGAAAGGCGGAAAGGGAAGAGAAUUCGAAGGCGAAGAGCUGUCCAUACACCCCACGCCCCACAGUGUCUUUGCAGGCCCGGCGGCAGCUGGUGGCUGCCAUAAUAGAAACUCAGAAAAGUGCAAAGUUGAAAAACAAUUAAAGAAAUGA